UACUUCCACUCGAGCAGGUGCAUAAUAAAAAUGAUAUUAGGCUAAGUAAUGUGAGUUCUCCUGAGGUAUUAUCCUCUUCAGUCUCACCUGAACAACCCAAAGCGCGUGAACAGCCUAAAGCAUCUGAACAGCCUAAAGGGAAAUCAAGUUCUAGAAAAGCUGUUAAGAAGUCCCCUAUUAUUGGCACCUCUGGCAAGUCAUCACCA